AUGCCUUCUGUUCCUCAGGACAGUAUCACGGAAGCUGAGCAACAUGCCAGCGACCUCUUUGAUGGGGUGAUCCAUCUCAAGAACAGAGCGAAGGAAAAAGCCAAACAGCUACUUGACGCUACAGGUCCUUCUUAUCCCGACGACCAUGUCUCAGACGACGAGACAGACAUCUUUACCGAUGCGGCCUUCGACCCUUCCAAAAUCCAACAGAAGACCUCUCCCAAGUCCAAAAACUCGACCCACGAGACUCUCUCCGAUGGCGCCAAGGGGUUGAAGUAUCUCCUCUGCCACCCCAAACGUGUGAUGCGCGGCCAAGCUACCCGCAUGGCGGCAGAGAAACUGGGAAAUGCCAGACAUCCAACUCUCACCAUUGAUCGAGAUCAAGAAUUGCUGGAUGCACAUGAUUCUCUUGCACGAGCCGCAUCGCAUGUUUCAUUGGUCUCAGACGUCGAUAAGUUCACGGCCGAUGUCGAUGAUGCUCAUGCCCGAGUCCAUGCGCUGGAAGAUCAAAGGGAUAGUCUCCAAACUGCCUGGGUUUUGAGUCGUCACGUCUGUCGCGUUAAAGUGGUCCGGCCGAUUCCUCGUCCUGAUCGAUCCCAGUUCAUGACCGUCACCGAUGGCGAAGCCCGACUGCAAUGGGACCGGUAUCUGGGACAUUUGCUUCUCUACUACACUCAAGAGUUCACCGCGCCUUACAUUGACGAAUUUGAGUCCCCUCCUUUCGACCUGGAAGAUGUCGCUCGAAUAAUCGAACGGCUCGCUAUCAUCAGUGCCCCAUGGCAAUCAUUUUUGAUCAAUGUCCGGAAUGUCUACAUGUGGACAGACCCCAAGAAGACGGCGCGCUGGCUGGCGCUGUACUGUGUUCUAUGGUACACCGAGCACAUGAUGGGCUUCCUUUACUUCUACAUCAUCUACUCGACAAUCCGGAACCACUUACAGCCGAGAUCCGUUCAGAGCAUUCGAGAAAGUGUGGCAAGAUCCGUUGAUCGGGGAGCUCAUGUCCAGGCUUGGGGAGAACUGAUUCAAAAGCAUGGCAAGCAUGACUGGCUUGAACCUCUCCUGGACGAACUUGGCCCUAUGAUCCAGCUACAACUGGGCGACCUCGUUGGUCUUCUUGAGGUCAUGGCAAAUUUCCAUCGAUUCGAACGACCUAGAAUGACAACGGCGACCUUGUUUCUGUUCGCUUGCUGCCUUUUGGUGACAGUGCUUGGCGACAUGGCGUUCUGCAUGAAAUUGUUUUGGUUGGUUUGCGGUGUCGUAUUUUUCUGUGGCUACCCCAUCGCAACUAGGUGGCCUCAAUAUCGACUUCUUGUCUCGCCGUUUCGCUGGAUGUUUUGGGAUAUCCCUACCCAUGCGGAGUUGGCCAUUCAACAUCUACAGGAAAAGGCGCUGUUAAGAGAUGCGGAUCUCGCAGAGUUUGAACUUCCACAGCCUCACGAAAGUACCGAGCCAGCCUCGACAGAACAAGACCAAGACCAAGAUCCAGAUCUAGAUCCAGAAGAGGAACUGGUCGACGAUACACGGCGAUUAUCUCGAUCUCGUUUCUUCAAUGUCUUCGACAAAGUCCAUGGAAAAGCCCGACUCGUGGUGAGCCGGACGGGCAUAACAGUACACACCAAGGGUGCUCUAGCUCGAAGCUGGCGAUUUGAUGAGCUUUCGGAAAUCCGCAAGCUCGACGACGUAGAUACGGACUCGACCACCAAGAAUCUCCGACAUGUGCAUUCCCGGUCGGCGGAGGUGUUACAGUUUCUGUUCUUGUCAGACUCGGAUGGCACGGACAAGGAUUCGACUUUGACGGUUGUGCUGCAAACCGCCGAUCGUGAUCGGGUGUUUAACCUCGUGCUGGCGUGGAGCGGACUGAAAUGGCAAGCGUUGAUGCUGGAGAGACUUGAGAAAAAGAACGAGAAGACGGUGCGAAGUAAUCUGGAUCGUUCCAUCAAGCGAGUGUUUUACUAG